AUGUUAUAGUUAAUUAAUUUGAUAAAAUUGAGACAAUAACAGCUAUGUGAGCAUUAGCCUUAUGAUCCAAAGAUUGAUAAGGAACGUAUAAAUUAAGAGAAUUAAUUACUCUAGAUCUUAUACCGUUUCUAAAGAGUUCAUAUUGAUGAAAAAUUGAAUUUCUAUGAACAAUCAGCUCAACUCAUGAAUAAACCUAUUCAACCUUUACUUCCUAUGCAAGUAUAUGAUUUUAUUGCUAAACUGUAUAUGGAAUUUUUUCAAGAAAAUCAAUUUCAAGAUAAAGCUUAAAAGAUCUCAUUAAUCUUGGAGAAUGAGAUGCAUAAGAAUUAAUCUUUCAUCAUACUUAUGAUCAAGUGGCUGCUCGAGUAUUAUAGAUAUUAAGUCAAACCAACAGAGCCUCAAAUAAAACCUGUUUAAAUAAUGAGAAGAAAACUAUUGAUGACAAUUGAUUAAAAUAAAUUGGAAGUGAAAAAGUCAUCGGAGUCACAAACUAAAAGGAUUAGAAUGCUAAAUUUAUCCAAAACUCCAGAAAAUGAUUAUAACACUCUUAGUUCGGCUAAUUAAUAAUCAACCUUAAGGAGAAACAAAAUAAAUUAAAGACAGUUAUAUAAUGUAAUACCAGACUUAGAUUGGGAAAUACCUUGGGAUCGAUCAUAUAAAUUGCUAUACAAUAGAAACAAUAGAAUAUCUAAAUCUAUAUAGAAGCAUUUCAAUUGA